AACAAGAUCAGGAUAUUUGAAUAUUAUGUGCCAAACGUGUCCGGUCUCCCCCACCCUACUAUAACACAUUUUUUGAUUGACAGAAUGUAGAUGUACACUUUCUGUGACUUGAUCAAGUGUAUUUUCCCAUGUUGGGAACAUCAGAUGAAUCGAAUAUGGGGCUUUAUUAAACCGAAAAAGAGAAAGCCUGAAAAGGUACCUUUACUAAAAGAAGACAGGUCUGAGUACAAAGACGAAACAUCACCGACAAAAGAAAUUAGCCAAGUACAGCAAAUUAAACUGGAUAUAAACAACCAGAAGGUCCGGUACAGACGGUCGGCUCAUUCCGUUGGGAGUAACUGGGCGAAUCAGAUUAAUCAAGUGGAAAACAACGCCGGUAGAGGUUGUAAAAUUAACCAAGCUUUGGAAAUGGUGGAGAGAGACUUUGAUUACAUUCAGUCGCGAACAGCAGAGGCAAAGCAGAAUCGAACUUUAGAUCCAAAGACACAAUCUAUAGAUUUGAACCAGAACAUCGAAAAUAGUUGCCCAAAAAGGACCGUUUGUUCCAGUGCAUUUUCCCAGACCUCAGCAGUGAUGCAAGACUAUAAAAACGCCAGUGUUGCCAGUCAAGAAACCACAAAAACGAUUCCUAUUGCUGAAAGAAACUUUUUAAUAAACCAAUGCACCGCCGCUUGCGAUGACUCGGUCACGUCACGGCCUAUGACGUCAUCGGAAGAUGACCUCACGUGGGACGCUUACGUUCCACCAUUGCAACUACGCUGGUCGGAUGUAGUUAUAAAGCAAAUUUUUGACGUUUUGGAAACCGAUAACGAAGCUUAUAUUGGACAUAUAAGAAGACUGACGGCGAGACGAGAUAUGAAUCCUAUCAACAUAUUACAAAAGCUGUGCUGGUUCGAUGAAGAGACGAACACCGUUCAAGCGCUAGUGGGCGUGUUUGAGUACGAUUUGUGACGUCAUAAUCCUAUGGCAUCAUGUUUUAGUUUUUUUACUCAACAAAACUUAAGCGAAAGUCUAGUUAUUUAAACGUGCCUGGUGAUACUUAACUUUAAGUUCGUUUAAUUUUUUUAUACUAAAAUACAGCUAGGCGUAAAAGAUACAAAGAUUUUUUGCUUAGCUGUCUAUAAAUUUAAAAACCAUUAAUUUGUACCCUAUUUAUUCUCUCAUGACAUGGCCAAACAUUCGUUAUACCACGGGUGUUCUGUUGUAUACAUCCUGUGCCCGCUUACAAGUUAUCACAUGUAAAUGUAAUGUAAUUUUGUGGGUAAUUUACAUCCUUUUUUCCCUCAGUUUAUUCUAUCAUGUUUACCUUUAUCAUUCGAUUUUUACUUAUGUUGCUCUCUCUUAUGAGACAUAUAUACCAAUAAAAUAUACAAAUAG